GUACAUUUUGUAUUCAGUGGCAAAGUAGGAGCAGAACAUGUAAGAGAGGUUGUGGGUGCAUGACGGAUUGGAAGAGAAAGAAAGGGAAAGGGAGAGAAAGAGAUAGAAGGAGAGUGAAAGAGAAGAAGGGAAAGAGAAAGGGGAGAAAGGGCUGCUGGGACACUGUCAAAGUUUCGAAGAGAGAAAAAGGGUUUUCUUUCGGAUAAAGAACACACUUACUAUGAUAAAAGGAUUUUGUUGACCAAAUUCGAGAAAGAAUAAGUCUCAAGAAUUAUAAAAUUUAGGUUGAAUAAUUUAACCAAAACAAACAUGCCUGGCUCGAGGGACUCUUUUGUUAACCAUGCGUAUAUUAAUGACUUCCAAUCAGAAAUUAGACACGUGUCAGGGAAGAAACUUAUAGGUUUUAGUGAUGAUGUUCUUGAUGACGCGAUGACAUCCGGCAACGCUCUAGGGAAAUCUUCGAGACGAUACAGAGACUCUUACUUGCACAAUUUCAGUGGCAAUCUUAUCUUAGAUAAAUUGUUAGCCGCAAAACGAAAUAUUUUUCAACAAAACGAAAAUUGUGAAAUUCGUCGACCGUGGGACGUGUUUCGUCACCAUAACCAAAGGUAUGUACUUGAUGAUGACAAAACAUUCAUUAUCAGAGUCAUAAAGGUGAUUAAGAUAUUGAUGAGCAUUGUUAUGUUGCUGGCCGUCAUUACUUUGACUCUCAUCAGUAAAAGCUGUUUAUUCCUCAUCACCUCCAACAUUUACAAGGACCUCCAAAUGAAAUGUACUUUAAAAAAUGGUAACCUUAAGUGUUGGAGGACUUCAGCCACACCAAAUGACCAACUGCGCCUACAACCAUCCCUGAAAACGCGAAUAAAGUGGAUUUGGGCCCUUAUUAUCAUAGUGUGCGCACCUUAUUUAUUGACAACGCUGCGCUGUUUGUGGAGAAUAUGUUUCAAGAACAACAAGAAAUUUACAUGGAGCGUUUUUUUCAUUGUUUUUUUUGUUGAAUCGCUUCAGAGUGUUGGCAUGGCAAUAUUUGUCAUUUAUGUUCUGCCAAAUAUCGAUCCGUUGAGAGGUGAAAGUCUUAUGUUUGGUGGAGCCUUCAUUCCAGCCAUAUUGAAAUUAAUCGACAAAAAGAGUGAUUUCGGUAAACCGAUUUACAAAACCGUCCUUGAUAUACUUUCGGUCAUCACACAAGCAACGAUUUUUUUGGUGUGGCCAAUACUUGAGUGGAAUGCUGGAAGAAAAAGCUUGGCUAUUUACAUGCCCGUAUCUUUAUUCCUGAUAUCUCUAAACUGGUGGGAGAACUACAUCGGUAAGGUCACGUGGCUGGGUGAGAGGGCAACUCAGAAAUUACUGAAACUUAAACGCCAUGUAAGAACCAUGCAUUCCUACAUCUACUUUGUGAUUGGCAUUUGGAAAUGUGCCCUCACUAUCGGCCUCGUUUCUUUAAUGGUAAGCGAAACCGACAUGGGUUGCUUGAAGCUGCUCUACUUCCAAAAGACGGAUGCGGUUCCUUGUCAAAUGAUUUCCUACCAAACAACAAACGUCACAAGCAUUACGUACAAGAACGAUGACGGUUCCAACGGGCCAUUCUGGGUCGCGCUCAUCCAGGUAGCGUCCUGCCUGGUCUGUUACAUCAUUGCCAGAAAUGCUUGCAAGGUAAUGUUGCAGGUGACCAGUUUCUCUGUUCCGUUGGUCCUCUCGUCGCCGCUGACCAUUGCAUUUUUUCUCGGCAACUGCGAGCUUUGGCACAAAAACAACGAUUUCACCUGGUUCGAUCCGAAAGUGAUGUUCUGGACGUGUGAUGUACCCAACAACAGCUUCAGUUACACAUUGCAUUUAAUCAACGACUACUACCUGCCAAUUGUCUUGGCAUGGUGGUUAUCCUUCUUAUGGAUUACGUCGCAUAUUUGGUACCCGAAUGUGGAAAGACUCGUUCGAACAGAAAGACUGUUCGUUAAAACAUUUUUCUGCGAUGUAUUUCUGCAAUUAUCAUUGACCCUCAACCGCCGGAAUGACGAGCAUGACAAGAAUAGGAUUCGUUCGGAUAAGGUACAUGCUGCUCUACCGUCUCCUACUAAUAACAGCCUUUUGAGUAUUGCUCCGCCGGCACAUUCUUUGCAUCAUACUGUACCAAUGAUUUAUGUGUGCGCCACAAUGUGGCACGAAACUGAAAAAGAGAUGAAAGCUAUUUUAACCUCAUUAUUCAGACUAGAUCUUGACCAAUCAGUGCGCAGUUAUGCCCAGCUCUUUGAUGUCGUUGACCCUAAUUACUACGAGUUUGAAGCACAUAUUUUCUUUGACGACGCCUUCGAGUAUUCCGAGUUAGAAAAUGACUUUAAGGUGAACAGUUAUGUCAAUGGACUGAUCAAGCAAAUGAACGCAGCAGUGAAUAACGUGCACAAGAUUUCACUGGUCCUCUCUCCACCUGUCUUAUAUAAUACUCCGUACGGCGGCAGGAUGGAAUGGGUAAUGCCAGGUAACAACAAACUUGUUGUGCAUCUGAAGAACAAAGAUUGGAUUCGCCCGAGAAAGCGGUGGAGUCAGGUGAUGUACAUGUACUACUUCCUUGGCUACAAUCUCUUGGGAACGUCACAUACCGCUCGCCGCAAGCAAACCAUAGCAGAUAAUACAUUUUUGUUGGCUCUUGAUGGCGACGUAGAUUUCAAGCCAGAAGCCCUUCAGUUAUUGGUGGAUAGAAUGAAGAAAAACGAGAAAGUAGGAGCAGCAUGUGGUAGAAUUCUGCCAAGAGGUUCAGGUCCAGUGUUAUGGUACCAACGAUUCGAAUAUUCAAUUAGUCAUUGGCUACAAAAAGCUACCGAGCAUGUGAUUGGCUGCGUGCUGUGUAGUCCCGGAUGUUUCAGUCUUUUCCGUGCUUCCGCUCUGAUGGAUGAUAACGUGAUGAGAAAAUAUGCAAGCCCUGCAUCAGAAGCAAGAGAUUUUGUACAGUAUGAUCAAGGUGAAGACCGUUGGCUUUGCACACUGCUUUUGCAACGAGGCUACCGUGUGGAAUAUUGUGCGGCUUCAGAUGCCUUCACGUUUGCUCCAGAAGGGUUCAAUGAAUUCUUCAAUCAACGCCGCCGAUGGAUUCCAUCCACCAUGGCAAACAUCUUCGACGUUUUACAGAAUUGGCGUGAAGUCAUCAAAAUAAAUGAAGAUAUAUCCACUCUGUAUAUUUUAUAUCAAUCAUCGCUGUUUCUAUUGACUCUCUUGACACCGGGCACCAUUUUUCUUCUGAUUGUCGGAGCAAUCGCCAUCGCCUUUCCCAGCAUCAGCCUUAUUGAAUCUCUCGUCAUCAACAUCAUACCACUCAUCAUUUUUGUGCUCGCUUGCUUCUUUCUAAGCACAAAUGCUCAGCUUGUCACUGCAGCCAUACUCACCUGCAUUUAUACAUUGUCAAUGAUACUUGUAGUAAUUGGUUUGAUUUUGAAAAUGGCCGAAGAAGGAAUCUGUGCUCCAACUACUCUAUUCUUCCUGUUUUUGCUUGGAAUAUUUAUUUCUGCCGGGUUACUUCAUCCACUGGAAAUAUGGAACAUUAUCCAUGGUCCGAUAUAUUUACUGACUUCACCUUGUAGCGGGAUGCUUAUGAUCAUCUAUGCCAUAUGCAACAUGAACAAGAUAAGUUGGGGGACGAGAGAAUCGCGCUACCAAGCUUCUCAACAGAAAGCACAAGAAGAAAAGGCGAAACUCUCACGGAAUAAAAAAUGGUGGUCAUUUCUGAAAAGAAAAAGCGACAAACCCUUCAGUCUGGCAGAGUUACUUACUUGUAAGUGUUGCCUUAAAGCAAGUGAUAUCACAGAAGACAUGAAAAUGAAUACCAUCCUCGAUAAACUGGAUAUGAUUGAGAAACGUAUCGAGAAUUUACCGAAAUCUGGAAAUUAUUCCUUGGAGGGCUCCAAUAUAUCAUCGACAUUCAAUUCGUCAGCGCCGAAUGACAGCGGCAAAAGAAGGACCUCUCACACCCGGAGAUCCAAAACAGAUAGAAGAGAAGGUAGUGGUGCGUAUGAAAGAAGUUCAUUCAUCCGCAGUAGAAUUUCGGGAUGGCAACGUGAUUUACAAGACUUAUCUGCAGAGACUAGUGUCCUCAGUGAGAAUGAACGUGAAUUCUGGGAUGAACUCAUCAAAAAAUAUCUGGAACCAAUCAACGUAAGCGAAGAAACACAGAUGAGGGACGAAAAAAAUCUCGAUGCACUUCGUAAUAAAGUCUGUCUGUUUUUCUUUCUUUGCAACGGUCUGUUUACCAUAAUUAUUUUCACACUCCAGUUCAUCAACAAUCGAAGCACAAAUACCGAUUCUGCUGGUUUAUAUAUAUCAUUGCCUUGUUACUCAAAUACAGGCUAUGAGCUAAAAGUCGAACCCCUGUCCAUGCUGUUCAUGGUGAUGUUUGGUGUCAUUCUGCUUAUUCAGUUUAGUGCUAUGGUGUAUCACCGACUCUCAACACUUCUCCAUAUUUUAGCAUCGACGCAUAUAAACUGUUUGAAACCAAGCCAAAGUGAAAUGUCCUAUAUGAACAUAUUCAGUAACUUGGAACUAGUUAGAGACAUGAUUAAUCAAGAGAAAGAGGAUGACGAGAAAUCCAUUUUGUCCAACGACAGCAUUACCACAUCGGCAUAUAAUACGCCUCCCAAAAAGCGCCGAAAGACAGUUAUGAAACUGGCGAGAAAAAACAAAACCAAGCAACCAAGCCACAGUCUCGCAGAUCUAUUCUUGCGGAGUUUUGUAAAACUUGCCCAUGAUAUUGACCAAGAAUCCACCGAAGACGGUUUAGAACAGGAAAAAGGUGCUCCGAAAAUUGAACCCAGCUUGAAAUUUCAAGGGAAGAACUCAAUGCACGCUUUCACCGUGUUAAAAGAUCAAAAACAUUCAGUUUUAGAUAAAAUAAAUCGUAUCAAUGACAUUAUAAGACAAAAAGAACUUUCGAAACUGGCACAAAUCCCUGAACAUGACUCUAACGUGUCUUUUCCAUCCACCAGUCAAACACCAGCACAUACUGACGAUGCCAGUAACACUCCAGCAAUCCGAACUAUGUCUUCUGCUAAGACUAAAAGAAAGACCAGUUUUCUCGCCAGAGUGGAUGAGCUGGAGACGUUUCAUGGCAGCUGUGAAAAUCACUCACAUAGAAUCGCUGUUCAUGAGAUUUCUGACAGCGAUCGAUUUACGGCGUCGUAUUUAGAUGUAAGAAGUCAUGAAAACGUUUCAUCAAAUUACCAAAUUCAAACUAGUCGAUUGUAAAAGUAACUGAAGGUUUUAUUUUAGCAGGUACAUAUCUCUCUUAUGAACAGGAAAAAAGUGGGGAGCGUGCACAGUCGAUACAAUCGGCUGGUGCAGUUCCCUGGCUUCUGUUUAAUUGACUCCCUUGAGGAAACAGGCAUACGGGACGCUGACAUGAUAUCAACUGGUGCAUGUGCAGAAUCCAGUCAGAUAGUGAUAUGUUAUUUGUGCCACAUCUUUUACACCUGUGAAAAAAGCACACGUAUUCAAUUAAUGGAUUCUUCAAAUUAGAAUUCUUUAAUACUUUCACUAUCCUACAACCACUUCCUACACACACACGCACGUGCGUAUAUAUAUAUAUAUAUAAUUGAAU